AUGAGGCUUAAACUGAGAAUCCUCUGGACUAAUCUAGUACCGAAGUGUAAGUCUGACAACCUGUACGCCUCCAAAGACAGAACACCUAUUACCAGUGCAUCGUAUUUUGCCACCAUGACGCUUGACCAAGUUAGGCAUGUAUUUCGCUCUGACACAGAAGUGCCCAUACCUCUGAUUGAAGAAAGACAUCGGGUGCUGAAUGAAAGUGGAACAGUUCUGUUAGAGAAGUUUGGAGGCUCUUUCCUCACCUGUGUUAAAAAGAGUGAGAAAAGUGCUCAGAAACUGCUACGCCUGGUACUGGAAAACUUUCCUUCUUACAGAGAUGAAGCUGUAUUUGAGAAAAAGAAGGUGUCUUUCUACAAACGGGCACAAAUACUCGUGGCUGAUACAUGGAGUGUAUUAGAAGGCAAAGGAGAUGGCCUUUUUGGUGACAUUUCUAGUCUAACUAUAUUUGCUGACUACAGAAUUCCUCAAGUUCUUGUUCACUUAAAAGCAAUGAAGUAUUCUGAAGAACUAAUGAAGAAACUACGUGAAGGAACAAUUUUUCAGUCUGGGGAUAAGGAGGAGGUGGAGAUCCGUGGCUGUUCCAUUUGGUGCUGUGCGCUCAUCUGUAAGCACCUGCUGGAGCUCUAUGAGAAGAAGGGUCAGGACAUGCGCGAGAAGAUCAAUGCGGUUUUACUCGAUUACUACCUCUGGGACUACGCCAGGGACCACAGGGAAGAGAUGAAAGAUAUUCCGUUUCAUCGAGUGCGGUGUAUAUAUUACUAAGUCCGACCUCAUGGCCGCUGUUGUAUCCGCACGUUGUCUUUUCGAAUUUUGCGAUUUCUCUUUUCAUGCAGUGCUUUGUCAUA